UAUUUACUUCACGAGGAUGAUGCUGUCGGCCAUGUUGUUGUGAUCCUCGGCGCGGUCAGUGUGUUGGGCGCCGCCACGGAUUACCUCGCCAAUAUAUUAAUUCAUCUCAUAUUUAUGUCUUCGUAAAGUGUGUAAACAAGCCUCAAAAUGACGCAGUAUCUACCGCCAAAUUUACUGGCGCUGUUUGCACCAAGAGAUCCCAUUCCAUAUCUUCCACCAGUUGACAAGUUGACAUGGGAGAAGAGGACAGAUGGAUACUCUGGCUUGGCAUUGUUGAUACAGAGAUUUGAGGAUCCUAAAGACACUCCUCCUCCCACACGAGUGGAGACCCGCGAGGAGCGCCUCGAGCGUAAGCGUAGGGAGAAAGCAGAACAAAUGCAGUACAAACUGGAACAAGAAAUUGCUCUUUGGGAUCCUCACAAUAGCGAAGCAGCAACUGGAGACCCAUAUAAAACUCUCUUUGUUUCUCGUAUUAAUUAUGAUACUUCAGAGUCGAAGCUAAGAAGAGAGUUUGAAAUAUAUGGACCCAUUAAAAAGAUUGUUAUGGUUCACAACAUCAAAACCGGAAAACCUCGGGGAUAUGCAUUUAUUGAAUAUGAACAUGAGCGAGACAUGCACUCGGCAUACAAACAUGCGGAUGGCAAGAAGAUUGACAAUCGUCGCGUUUUGGUCGAUGUGGAACGUGCUCGUACGGUCAAAGGCUGGCUGUCUCGAAGGCUAGGUGGGGGUUUGGGAGGCACUCGUCGAGGUGGACCUGAUGUAAACAUCAAGCAUUCUGGUCGUGAAGAUGACCGUAGGCGUGGCAGUGGGCGAGACGAGGAACGUAUGGCGAGUAAUGAUCGGGAAAGAGUUGAUCGUGGUGAUCGUGAACGUGAGCGUGAAAGAAGACACACUCGCAGUCGAGAAAGAGAACGUGAACCAAGAGAGAGGCGCAGAAGGUCCCGGAGCCGAGAUCGUAAACGCCGCCGCUCCCGGUCUCGUGAGCGUGGAGGAACGGUACCAGAGGAAGGUGAAGAUAGAGAAAAGCGGCGUCAUAGGUCCCGCUCUCGUGACCGUAAACGCCGUUCAAAGUCGCGUGAGAGGAAGCACCGCAGAGAGAGGGAUCGUGAUAGGCGUGAGCGUGGUCCAGGAGAGGAGGGAGAAGAUGGUGUCAAGAUUAAGCAGGAACCUGAGGAUGAUUAUCCUGAUUAUGGCAGCUCAUAUUACAAUUUCCCCAUGAAAGACGAAGAAGAACGGGCUAAGAAUGGUACUAAAUAUGAAGAGGAAGAGGAGGAGGUACAUAAUGAAAUUGAUUAUUAGUCUGUGAAAUUAUUUAAAUUGCUAGUUGUACUAGUCUUAAGUAAUUUGUGGGCUGUAGGACUAUUUGAAUUUCAGAUAUUGGAAGAGGAUUCAGAUUCAGAUGAGAGAAUGCUCAUAAGAUCUAGUUACAAGUAGAAAAUAUCCUUAUAUGGACCUCUUGCAUUAUUAUGAUGACCUGCAGUAAAGCCUGCUGCCAAAUGAUUAUACUUUCUUUUGUCAGAGUAUUUUCUGGUAAGUGGGGGGAACAACAGCCAUUUAUGAAUGGUGUAUACAGUACUGUAUUUUUAGGACAGAUAAGUUUUGUUCUUCUUACCAGGAAGUCAGGUGUAUUAGUUCCACACUUGUAAAUUGACUCUUAACAGGAUAAAAUGACCAAGGUGUAUGUGGCAGUAUUAUGUAUCAAUGUACACAUAUAGUGUUCAUGUACUACAAGCAUUUUAAUUUUUCUUAUGCUAAGUAAUGACUAUUGCUAGAAAAUUAAUGUUAUAUACACUUUUAAUUUGGCAUAUUAAGAUGGCUAUCAUGUGUUGCCAAAAUUUUUACAUAAUUAUUGUACUUGUAAUGUAUGGUAAGGACUGCUGAUACAAAUGAAGAAGACGGUACAAAUAUAUAUACAGUAUAUAUAUAUAUAUAUAUAUAUAUAUAUAUAUAUAUACAAAAUUCUUGACUUUGGUUUGCUCUUAGGUUCAUGUAAAUGUGAACUUUUAUUUAACAUGCAAUGCUGUGGCUUUUCUUUCAUUUCCAACCCCACCAGGCAGUGAAGAUAGGAUGUGGUAAAUCAGUUUUGCUGACAAAGAAUCAUCAUUGUUGAUUUAUAUAAUUACUGUACUGACAAACUAAAUUUUCAUAAACCAUCAUAUCACACAAGUCUGUUUUUUUAAGUAUUUCCUUGAGAGUUGUUUCAAUAAAUUACAUUAAUUGGCAACAGGAUAGUAUUCAAACUGUUAAUUGAAUACAAAUAUUUAAAAAACUGUUGGAAUUGUGUUUCUGGUUUUAGGAAGAACUGCAUUUGGUACUUGGAAAUAUUGUAAGCUUCUUAUUAAUUAGUGGAGUAUUGCAGUGCUGUGUAUUUUCUUCUAUCAUGAAUGUAAUUGAUGUUAAAGGACCUUAUGUCCUAUUGCAUAAAUUUAGUUCAUGUCAGUUAGUUAGAAAGCAAUAAGAAGUGCACUCAAACUCCAAAUUUAGAAAAUACAAGAUAUAAAAUGUUUAGGUAUCUUAAAAAGAGUUUUUAAGCACUUACUGCACAUACGCUUAAAAAGUGUGCUUUUAAGAACUCAUUUUGUGUAAUAAAAUGUGUCGAGUAAAA